AAGUUACUGCAUACAUUGUUGUAAAAAAACUGUAAAAAAAAAAAUGGUUAAAAAGAUAUUUUCCUUUUAAAAAUUAGUAACUUUUUUAACAACUUUUUAUUUUAAUUAUUCUUUUAAAAUUAAAUUCAAUCUGACGAAUAAGAUCACGAGACAUGUUGUUAAAAAGUUAUUAAAAUACGCUGUUACUUAGGAGAACAAAGAAAGUGCAGUGAAGAAUAUAAAAAGGCUAAAAACAUGUAUGGUGUGCGUGAGAGUGAAGGAAAGAAAAUGGCCGGCUAAAAUGGGGAAUCAUAACAUUUUCUUUGGUGACUUCUCCCUUGGUGCAAAUCGUUUCAUCUCGGUUUCACAGAUCAAGAAUCCAAAACAUAAAAAUUACGGAUUUCCCAAGAAGAAUCACCCACAUUUGAAUUUUCAAUAAGUCCAAACAGCAUCCAGAGACCAGAAGACCCGUAACAGCUAGCUUCCAAUUAUGCCACCAAAAAGAAAACAUUACAUGAGGAAUGCUGCAAUAUAUAGUAUAUACACGAGACACAAAGAUGGACAUGUUCAAUCGUUCAUGUACUUUCACAAAAAGAGAACAUGGGAUCAGCACACGAUGAGGACCCCAAUGUUUUCCACUUUAGCCAUCCACAUCCUUUGCAAUGCACCACCCUACCCUCCGCACCAAAUAUUCUAAGCUGCUUUGGAUGCAACAUCAAAAUUAACUCUGCUGACGACUAUUACCAGUGCAAAACAUGUGCUUUUUCUCUUCACCAUGUCUGCUACAACAUGCCCUUAAUCACCAACCACCCUUCACAUCCAGCCCACCAUCUACUCCUCCUUCCUCUACCUUCCACCAAACCUACUCUCAACUGUGUCGCAUGUGGCCACCAUGUCACGGCCUUUUCCUACCACUGUGCUCAAUGCGCCAUCUUCUUCCAUGCCUUGUGUCUUGCACUCCCUCUCUCCCUCGCAAUCACAUGCCACCCCCACAAAAUCAAGCUUGAGUUUUCACCACCCUAUGAGUUCUUCUGUGACUUGUGCAACCAGCCCAGUAAUUACAACCACCGCUGGCUCUAUAGAUGCAACAUGUGUGAAUUCGACACACAUGUAGCUUGUGCCCUUGAAAACCUAGAGCCCCGUCUGUUUCAAAGCCCGUCUUUCUCUCGAUCAAGCCCUCUGUUACGGCAACUUACCCGUCACCAAGUGGAGCACACAAAAUUCAGUGCAAGUUUAGGUGAUAGUUUCAAAGGGUAUGAGUACGGGAUCAUGAGUUUGGUGGCGGAACAGAUUGGAGGGGGACCCAGAGAAAAUUUUUAUAGUAAAACCGCUGGAUGGAACAAGAGAUUGUACAGUAGUCCAAAGAAAAAUCUUAACAGAGCCGAGAGUGAGAGGAUGAAGAAUGCUCAACUUGAAUUACUGGGAAAAGAACUAAACCCUGAUGAACUUUUAUCAAAAUUAGAAGAAAGAACACCACUUCGGGAUAAAUGGACUCCACUUUCUGAUCAUUCACCGUUUAGCUACCAAAACAGCGACUCAUAUUUUUCAAUAGAUUUGGCAAAGUCAUAUUCAACCCAUUCAGGUAGAAGUCAAGUUCAAAAAGAUGGUGGUAGUGACCAGAUAACACGAGCUGCUACUAACUAUGAAAGCAAUUGUGGACAACGUGAAGAACCAUCCGUUCCAGUUAAUAAUAAGCGGAACGCAGAUGUUUUGAUCAAAGAAGGACGAACUAGUGAUGUUGGGAAAUCAGACCGGAGAGUUAUGAUGAAAAAUGCUAACGAAAGCCACGCUAAACGGUCUGUUCAAGACAAAACAAUAUCGGAGACAGUAAGUUCCAAUUAGUACCUUUUAUUUCUUCAGCCUCCACGCUCCAAAAUAAAAUCUCUUUAAUCGAUUCUUGUUUUUUCAUCUGAAUGACAAAAAAGAAAAAUCAUUCCACAGUUCCCUCUGCAGUGAGAGAGGUGGAAUAUAUAGGUAAAGAGAUAGAUAUAAAUAAUAAAUGAAAUAAAGCAGAAGAAAAGAAAGUGGUAUAGGAAGAAGGAUAACAGUAUAUAAACCUUAUUAACUGCAGAAAUUAUAUAUUCACAAUUUUUUAUAAUAAUAUACUAUAUAAUACUAAUAUUUGAAUCUGCUGAUAAUAAUUUUAUAAAUAAUUAAGUAAUGGUCAACUAAUUGUAAAUAUAUGAGUAAUAAAUA